GCCCCACGUGGCAUCCUGUGUCGGCAGAUCGCACUCGAGACCUUGUCUCAUUUAUAUUUUGUCUUAACUGUUAUCAUGUUUGCCGCCUACAAGAGGAGUCAGCAGAAGUCCACAAAUGUCACCUAUCAAGCACAUCAUGUCUCAAGAGACAAGAGAGGGCAGAUUAUGGGCCAGAGGGGUGGUUUUAGAGGAUGCACUAUAUGGUUUACAGGGCUGUCUGGUGCUGGAAAAACUACCAUUUCGUUUGGUGUAGAAGAUUAUUUGUGUUCUUUUGGAAUUCCAGCAUAUGCACUUGAUGGAGAUAAUAUUCGACAAGGUCUUAACAAAAAUUUAGGAUUCAGUCCCGAAGACAGAGAAGAGAAUAUCAGACGUGUAGCAGAAGUUGCGAAAUUAUUUGCUGACAGUGGUGUAGUUUGUUUGUCUAGUUUUAUAAGUCCAUUUGCUAAGGAUCGUACGCAAGCACGUAUAAUUCACGAAGAAUCUGGUCUUUCAUUUUUUGAAUGUUUUGUAGAUACACCUUUAGAAGUGUGUGAAUUAAGAGAUGUCAAAGGUUUAUACAGAAGAGCUAGAGCUGGAGAAAUCAAAGGAUUUACUGGAAUUGACUCUGCUUAUGAGAAACCUGUUCAACCUGAUUUAACAAUCAAAGCAGGAGAACUAACUGUUCAUGAUUCUGUUCAGCAAGUGAUAAAAUUGUUAUUAGAUAGAGGAAUUAUUCCAGAAACUGUAUUAGAUACUGUGAAAGAGUUAUUUGUACCUACAAAUAGAGUUAGUUCAGCGCGUAAGGAAGCCGAUGCUCUUCGAGGAUUAGAAAUCACAAAAGUUGAUUUGCAAUGGGUUCAAAUUUUAAGUGAAGGAUGGGCCACACCUUUAUGUGGAUUUAUGAGAGAAAGAGAAUUUUUGCAAAGUCAACAUUUUGGUUGUCUUUUAGAAGGUGGUGUUGUGAACCAGUCUAUACCUAUAGUACUGGCUUUAUCUAAAGAAGAUAAAGAAAGACUUGAAGACUGUUCUGCAUUUGCUCUUCGUUACAAUGGAAAAAGUUAUGCAAUUUUGCGAAAUCCUGAAUUCUACGAACAUAGAAAAGAGGAACGCUGUUCUAGACAGUUUGGAACAUCAAAUGAAGGUCAUCCAUAUGUUAAGAUGAUAUAUGAAAGUGGUGAUUGGUUAGUAGGUGGUGACUUAGAAGUCUUGGAACGUAUCUGUUGGAAUGAUGGUCUUGAUAAAUAUAGGCUGACUCCAAAUGAAUUAAGAUCCAAAUUCAAAAAGAUGGGAGCAGAUGCAGUAUUUGCUUUUCAAUUAAGAAAUCCUAUCCAUAAUGGGCAUGCAUUACUGAUGCAGCAAACUAGAGAAAGUUUAUUAGAAAGAGGUUAUAAAAAACCAGUUUUAUUGCUUCAUCCAUUAGGUGGCUGGACAAAAGAGGAUGAUGUCCCUCUUUCUGUAAGAAUGGAACAACAUCAAGCAGUAUUAGAAGAAAAAAUUUUAGAUCCGGAAAAUACUGUACUUGCUAUAUUUCCCUCACCAAUGAUGUAUGCUGGACCAACAGAAGUACAAUGGCAUGCAAAGGCUAGAAUGGCAACUGGAGCUAAUUUUUAUAUUGUUGGAAGAGAUCCUGCUGGGAUGCCUCAUCCUGAUACUAAAAAAGAUCUAUAUGAACCAAGUCAUGGUGCUAAGGUUUUAACAAUGGCACCUGGUCUAACCCAAUUAGAAAUAAUUCCCUUCAGAGUUGCAGCUUAUAAUAAAAACAAAAAACGAAUGGAACUAUUUGAUGUUAAUCGUAAAAAUGAAUUUGAAUUUAUUUCUGGUACAUACAUGAGGUCACUUGCACGCAAUGGACAGACACCACCAGAAGGUUUUAUGGCACCAAAGGCGUGGAACAUUUUAGCUUCUUAUUAUAGAUCACUUGUAACAAAUGCUUAAACUGUGAUUUGGAAUUGAAGCAUGCAGACAAACAAUGCCCAAAUUUAAAAUAAAAACUAAUAAUAAUAAUAAUAAAAUUAAAAUAGAUAUUAAACAUUCAGUUCUGGUUAGCUGCUGAAUGUUUUGAUUACUAUCAAAAUUUUAAAUAAAGAAAAUUGAUUAUAUAUAUUAGAAUGUCUCUCGCCUCUUAACCAUAAUUUUUAUCUUCCAGAUUUCACAAAACGCAUAACACAGCAUUGCCUGUCUGCACACUUCAUUUCAACAAAAACUAAUUUUAAAUAAGUCAAAUACCACAAUAAAAAAAAUGCUGCUUUUUGACAUCAAAAUCGUGGACCAAUAAUUGUUUUAUACUUGUUAAACAUAUAAAUUAAUUAUAAUUAUUUCUACACAUCUAUAAAUUUUAUUAAAAUUAAAAAUUAUACGAGCAAUUUGUUAUCUGCUCGCUAUUUUGGGAUAUAAUUCACUUGUAUAAGCAUUAAAGUUAUAUCCCCUUAUCUAUGUUUGAUGUAAUGAAGGAACAUAGAUUUUAAAAUUAAACUGCUCAGAUGCAGUUGUUAUUUAUUGUAAAAAAAAA